UUGACACACAAGGCGGAGGAAAUGGAGGAAGAGGAGGGUAAUGCGUUACGUGUUUGGGAAUGUCGUGAAGAUCAUCGCCGGGCGGUGUUUUUUUUUUUUCCGCUCACUUCUCCGUCGCUCUACCGUGUUGAUUAACGGUGCCAAGUAACGGGACGACUCCUACGCGGCGUGUUUACCGCAAAGCGACGGUCGUCUGAAGAUGUUAGCGAGGAAAUGAGCAAUAAUGACCGCCUUCCUGGCUCGGCCGGGCGACUUCGGCGUCCCCUCCUCAGCUCGUUUUGGUUAGCAUGUUUUUUUUUUCUCCUCGCCUGUCAAAUUAGCUUGUGGCAUGCUAAACGCGAAUAAAUAGCACCGCUUCCCCCAUUUAUUUGAUCAUAGUCUUCUUUUUAAGUCUUUACUAUGACUAACAGAAGAAGUUAAGUGGCGGCGAAGGGUUUCCUGCGAGAUAUCCCCGUCCCCAACACACCCGUGGUGAUGCCCGGUGUGUGGAGCAGCAGAGCCGGGCGGAGAAGCUAGCUGGCUGCUAGCGGAACAGCCAGCGGGGGUUUGGGUAUUUGGAUGUUCGUGACGCCGAGGACGAGCUGAUCGGCUCGGCGAAAAGCAGCCAGCAUGGUCGAGCCCAGCCUGGACGACUCCAACGUCAAGGUGGCGGUCCGCGUUCGGCCCAUGAACAGGAGAGAAAAGGAAUUAAACACUAAGUGCGUGGUGGAGAUGGUGAAGAACCAGACCGUCCUCCAUCCUGCCAUGACCAACCUGGGCAAGAGCGACACCAGGACUCAGUCCAAGGUUUUUGCCUACGACUACUGCUUCUGGUCCAUGGACGAAUCGGACAAGGAGAAAUUUGCCGGUCAGGAGGUGGUCUUUCAGUGCCUUGGAGAAAGUCUUCUCCAUAACGCCUUCCUUGGCUACAAUGCCUGCAUCUUUGCCUACGGACAAACCGGUUCCGGAAAGUCCUACACCAUGAUGGGUUCGGUGGACCAGCCGGGGCUCAUCCCCCGCCUCUGCAGCGCUUUGUUUGAGCGCACGCAGAAGGAGCAGCGUGAGCAGGAGAAGUUUACAGUGGAGGUCUCCUACAUGGAGAUCUACAAUGAAAAGGUUCGAGAUCUGCUGGACCCCAAAGGGGGCAGACAAACGCUGAGAGUAAGAGAACAUAAAGUGCUGGGUCCAUAUGUGGACGGUCUCUCUCGGCUAGCUGUUGCAAGCUACAAGGACAUCGAGGUGCUGAUGUCAGAGGGGAACAAGUCUCGCACUGUCGCCGCCACCAACAUGAACGAGGAGAGCAGUCGAUCGCACGCCGUCUUCAACAUCAUCCUCACGCACACCCUGACGGACGUGCAGUCUGGGACAAGUGGUGAAAAAGUGAGUCGGCUGAGUCUGGUGGACUUAGCCGGAAGUGAGCGAGCCGCCAAAACCGGAGCGGCUGGAGAGCGUCUCAAGGAAGGAAGCAACAUCAACAAAUCGCUGACUACACUGGGCUUGGUGAUCUCCGCUCUGGCCGAGCAAGGAACUACCAAAAACAAGACCAAGUUUGUUCCUUACCGAGACUCUGUUCUGACAUGGCUGCUGAAGGACUGUCUCGGCGGUAACAGCCGCACGGCCAUGGUGGCGACGGUGAGCCCGGCGGCCGACAAUUACGAAGAGACGCUAUCCACGCUGCGCUACGCCGACCGGGCCAAGAGCAUUGUUAACCACGCCGUGGUCAACGAGGACCCCAACGCUCGCAUUAUUCGGGAGCUGCGUGAGGAGGUGGAGAAGCUGCGAGUGCAGCUCACUCAAGCCGAGUCUUUGAAAGCCCCAGAGCUCAAGGAUCGCCUGGAAGAGUCUGAGAAGUUGAUUCACGAGAUGACCGUCACGUGGGAGGAUAAGCUUCGCAAAACAGAGGAGGUGGCUCAGGCACGUCAGAAGCAGCUGGAGAGUCUGGGCAUUUCCCUCCAGUCGUCGGGCAUCAAAGUGGGCGACGAUAAAAGCUUCCUGGUCAACCUGAAUGCAGACCCAGCACUCAACGAACUGCUGGUGUACUAUUUAAAGGAGGACCACACCCAGGUGGGCUCGGCAGACUCCCAGGACAUCCAGCUGUGCGGCAUGGGCAUCCAGGCCGAGCACUGCGUUAUCGACAUCAACGCCGACGCCGCCGUCAUCCUCACCCCGUACCCCAACGCUCGGACAUGUGUAAAUGGGUCUCCGGCUACCUGCGGACUACAGCUUCACCAUGGCGACCGAAUCCUCUGGGGAAACAAUCACUUCUUCAGGAUCAACCUUCCCAAGCGGCGCGGUCGAACCGCAGAGGAUGAGGAGGGCGUGAUGAAGAAGAGCGGCAGCAGCGAGCAGCUCGAUGCGGACGGCGACUCGGCCAGCGAAGUGUCCAGCGAGGUCAGCUUCUCCUACGAGUUUGCUCAGACUGAAGUCAUGAUGAAGGCUCUGGGUAGCAAUGACCCUAUGCAGAGCGUCCUGCAGUCGCUGGAGAGGCAACACGAAGAGGAGAAACGCUCAGCCUUGGAGCGCCAGAGGCAGAUGUACGAGCAGGAGCUACAGCAGCUUCGUCGCAAGCUUAACCCGGACCGGCUGUCCGCGGGCCCCCCGGGACCGCCGCCGUUUGGCCAGCCCGGGACUGGUCAGCAGUCUCACUACCGUAGUAUGGAGAGGCUGAGCAUGGGAGGCAUGAGCCACUCCAGCAGCGCUCAGAGCCGAUUGAGACAAUGGAAUGAAGACAGGGAGGCUGUGUUGGUGAGGAGCUUGAGGCGGCUGCGAGAGCAAAUAGUGAGAGCCAACCUCUUGGUACAAGAGGCCUGCUUUAUCUCAGAUGAGCUGGAACGCCACACCGAGUACCGGGUCACUCUGCAGAUCCCCUCAGAAAACCUCAACGCCAACCGAAAGAGGGACGCUGUGCUCAGCGAGCCCGCCAUUCAAGUGCGACGUCGCUGCCGCGGCAAACAAAUCUGGAGCUUAGAAAAGACCGAGAACCGCCUGGUGGACAUGAGGGAGCUCUACCAAGAGUGGCAGGACUACCACCUGCACGACAGCGACAACCCGGGAAUGCGCUCAUACUUCCGCCGGGCCGACCCUUUCUUCGAUGAGCAAGAGAACCACAGCCUGAUCGGCGUGGCCAACGUCUUUUUGUCCUGCCUUUUCUAUGACGUCAAGCUGCAGUACGCUGUGCCCAUCAUCAACCAAAAAGGAGAGGUGGCUGGGCGUCUCCAUGUGGAGGUGGUGAGGGUUGGAGGGGCUCUGGAGGACAACAUCGCGGGAGGAGACGAUCCCGACAACAACCCAGACUCAGAAAUUCAGGAUCGCAAACUUGUCUGCAUGAUUAAAAUCCUACAGGCCACCGGUCUCCCCCAGUACCUGUCCAACUUUGUCUUCUGCCAAUACACUUUCUGGGACCAACCCGAGCCCAUCAUCGUGGCCCCCGAGGUGGACCUCCACUCGUCGUCGCCCAGCACCAAAGACCCACACUGCAUGGUGGUGUUCGACAGCUGCAAGGAGCUGGCCGUGUCCGUGUCGGAGGAUUUCAUCGAGUACCUGACCGAAGGGGCCGUGGCCAUUGAGGUGUAUGGACACAGGCAGGCUGACGCGGGCAGGAACCCGGCCCUCUGGGACCUCAGCAUCAUCCAGGCCAAGACGCGCACGCUACGAGACAGGUGGAGUGAGGUAAUGCGCCGGCUGGAACUCUGGAUCCAAAUCCUGGAAAUUAAUGAGAACGGAGACUUUGUCCCCGUUGAAGUCAUUCCCGCCCGAGACGUCAACACGGGCGGAAUCUUUCAGCUACGACAAGGUCAGGCGAGGAGAAUCCAAGUAGACGUGCGCUCCGUUCAGGACUCGGGCACCAUGCCGCUCAUAUCGGAGAUCGUGCUGGCUGUGUCGGUGGGCUGCGUGGAGAUCACCAGCACCAUCGGCCCAGAGGGAGACGAGAUGGACAGUUAUCAAGAGAGAGACCUAGAACGUUUGCGACGUCAGUGGUUGGCGGCGCUCACCAAGAGGCAGGAGUACUUGGACCAGCACUUGCAGAGCCUGGUCAGCAAAGCAGAAAAAAACGAGGACGACGUCGAAAGGGAGGCUCAGCUGCUGGAAUGGCGCUUGACACUGACGGAAGAGAGGAACGCUGUCAUGGUGCCCUCUGCUGGCAGCGGUAUUCCUGGAGCACCUGCCGAAUGGGUUCCGCUUCCAGGCAUGGAGACGCACGUUCCAGUCCUCUUCCUCAACCUCAAACCUGAUGACCUGAGCUCCCAAGACCAGUUCGAGGUUCCCGACGCAGGAGGCUGGGACGCCACGCUGAGCGGCGAAGACGAGGAUGACUUCUUCGACCUGCAGAUUGUCAAACACUACGACGGCGAGGUGAAGGCGGAGGCGUCGUGGGACUCCACCGUCCACGAGUGCCCGCAGCUGAGCCGCGGGGGAGCUUGGCCCGACAGCCGGGUGUACCUCACCGUGCGGGCGGUGGUGCAGCUCAGCCACCCGGCCGACAUGCAGCUGGUUCUCAGGAAGAGGAUCUGCGUCAACGUUAAUCCCGGUCGUCAGGGCUUUGCCCACAACUUCCUCAAGAGGAUGUCCACGCGCAGCACCAUCCCUGGAUGCGGCGUCACCUUUGAGGUGGUCUCCAACAUCCCUGGGGACGCUCCUGGAUCAGAAGACAGGGAGAUGCUGGCCCGCCUCGCGGCCAGCGCUCACAGCAGCGAGUCGGCCGACGACGAAGCUGCCAUUGAGAAGUACCUACGCAGCGUCCUCAGUCUAGAGAACAUCCUCACCCUGGACCGACUCAGACAGGAGGUGACAGUGAAGGAGCAGCUCGCUGCAAGAGGACGAAGCAACCGGCGGAGUCUCAGUUCUCCGUCUGUCAACAGGCUGUCUGGAAGUCGACAAGACUUGUCCACCACCUCCCUGAUGGAGGACAAGGGUCGCUGGGAGAGUCAGCAGGACAUCUUCAUGCCGUCGGCGUACCAUCGCACGCUCCCCCGUCCGGCUUCGUCACCCUCCACCUAUUACCCCGUGGCGCCGCAGCAACCGUCGCCGCCCUCCUCAAAUGCCGUCACCUCCCCACUCAACCAGGAGCCAGAGCAAGGUCGUUCAGGACUUGCUGCCUCUUAUCUUUCAGUGAAGGCGUUGGUUCCGCAGAUGCCCAAACUGCUCAAGUCUUUGUUUCCGGCACGCGAUGACAAGAAGGAGCUGAGGCCGUCGCCGCACGGCCAGCAGCAGCACAUGCCCCGCAUCAUGUCGCCACCAGGGGUGGAUGACAGCAGGGUCAAGGUGGACAUGGCCGCCCCCGUCCCACGAGCGGCGCCGGCCAAAGAGCGGCGCUCCGACCCAGCCGACGCCCCUCCUCUUACCGUGCAUGACCCGCAUGACGGCACCCCCCUCAGCCCGCUCAGCCAAUCGUCCAGCGGCUACUUCUCGGCCAGCGUCUCCACGGCGACCCUGUCGGACGUCCUGCAACCCCCCUCCUCGUCCUCGUCGUCCUCCUCCCUCCUCCUCGAGGCCGCGCUCGCCGCCAAUCACGACGGCGUGACCGCACGCCCCUUCCUUUCUGAACAGAAGCCGCCCGACGACUCGCCCCUGCCCGAGUGGCUGACGGACGGCACCCAUGUGACCGUCGGGAGUGGCAAGGCGGGCACCGUGCGCUACGUGGGGGCCACGCACUUUGCCGAGGGCGUGUGGGUGGGUGUGGAGCUGGACUCCCCCGCAGGUAAACACGACGGCUGCGUGGGCGGCCACCGCUACUUCCGAUGCCGGCCCGCGCACGGCAUUCUGGUUCGGCCGGAGCGCCUGAGCUGUCGGGACAGCCGGCAAGGCGCCUCGGAGCUCCCCGCCGCUCCCAACACUGCCCGGGUUCCCGUCCUCCGAGGGGACAACCGCAAAUCCUGGAGCAGCUGAGAGCAGCGACCCGGAGACGCCGCCUUGGACGGAGGAAAGGCGAAAUCUCCUCUUACGUGUCACCGCCAGGAGACGACGCUUUCUUUUUAGCUUUUUCGCCAGUUUGGCAUCUCUGGCCACAAUUCCUCUUGCUGUCGCUGCGUCGGAGGCCGUCUCAGGGACCGAGGAUGGGCGUGAGUGACCAAGUGAGCGAGGGCAAUUUUGCCAUUGUGUGCAAUAAGUCAACUUGUUGGCUCCGUGUUGACGUCAAGGAUGACGCACGAGGCCCUGCGUGUUGGGUGAGUAAGUGCAUCUUAUUUUGAAAAGACUCUUAUUUAGGCAGGAACAACCUCCUGUUGUAUUGUAGGAAAGAAAACAAAAAGAUGGCGUACACUUUUUAGUGUACAUUUUAGAGACGACCUAGGAAAUGGGCAAUUUGCCAAGCCCUUGUAUACUUUUAACCGAUUUUUUUGUUGUGAUGACUUGUCACUGUGGCCUGUCGGUAAAUUGUUACGAUGACGGUAAUACACAACGCAAAUAGAAAGUGCGGAAAAUGAUUAGGGCCACACUGAUGAUGCCAAAAAAUGCAAAGAAACAUUAGCAUCAUAAAUGCAAUUUCACAGGAUCACAAAAAAGUUGAAAAGUUCAUCAAACAGUUUGGACCGAAUAAUCCUAGAAAGCACCUAAUUUUAGGUUUUUGCUCAAAACCAAAUUUUUAAUGUUGUGACUCAACAAGUGUACAUUUAUGACAAAGUCAUAAAGUGACAACAACAAAAGUUUGAGGAAAAUAUGACAGUAAUGUUGUGUAUUUGUGAGCUGCACAGUUUACGAAGGUAAUUUCACUCGAAAAGAAGCAAUCUGACUUUGCUGGUAAUCAUGAAAUGACUUCUUUUCAUGCACUGCCUGACGUUGGACUUGCGUACAACUCUCAACAUUAGCGUUUCCUUCUUUCGAUGUUACUACUUUAUUCUCAUUAUCAAACUAUAUUUUUUUCUCACUGUGGCCCUAAUUAUAAGAAUGAAAUUUAAAAUAAUCAUUAGUGUGAUCAUUGCGUGUUACGAGACAUAUCACAAUUAGUUUAUUUCUAUUUAAAUAUACAUAAGCCUCUGUGGCAGACACAUUUAACAAAGCCUUUUUUUCUUUACUGCCAUUUAACAAAAAAAAAAAAAACUUUUUAAAUUGCACAAAUGAUUUUUUGAAUAAUCGCUGCUAUAAACACUCCCAUCUAGUUGUAGUCGACACUCACAUUCAUUUUUGUUUCUUUCAAAUGGAGGAUGAGUGAGGGACUUUGUCAUGUGACUUUGCUAAGAAUGAAUAGCACCUAGGACCAGACAGCCACCUGAUUUAUACUUAUCUUUGACAAAUGAUGUGGUGAGUAAUGUCACAUUUCUAAAUUGAACCCAAAAAAUGACCAUUUUACAAGAAAAAGCUUCAUUUGCAGAAACGUGUAGCAAUAUUAUGAGAAUAGUUUUUAUGACUUAAAAGCCGGAAUUCGAGCCCCUCACUCCCCAAAUGACAAAUGCCUAAACAGAAAUAAUAUUGGGAAUAAAUUCAAUCGGGACAUGUUCUAGAUUAAAGCAAAAAUAAUAUUCGGACAGAAAAGUCAUGCAUUUCUGCAAGUGAAGUCAUAUCACGAGUAAAGCUGCAUUAUUUACGAGAAUAUAGUUGGAAUGUUACAUAAAUGCUGUUAAUUUAAUUUUAGGAAAAAAAGGUUUGACAGAAAAAUUUGUUAUACUACAAUCAAAAUAAGGUGGUGUUUUUUUUUUUUCUUUUUUUUAACCGCAGUAAAAGUGUAAUCUUAACAUUUUAUUUAAAAAAAAAAAAACUGGUGCAAUCAAGAGGAAAAAAGUAAUGGAGGUCAUGAAAUGGUUACUUUAAGGUUGUUAGUGGAGGUAUCAGAUGGUUAGGUCGGAAGUGCUUUUAUCAAAUUAUGACUUAAAGGAAAUGAGGAAAUGUUUGUGUAUGUGCGCGCGUGUUGGGUCUUGGAAGGUAUUAAAAAAAUCGACCCUAAGCAGGAAAAAAAAAAAUCCCAUGAAGUUGACAUUGUUUCUAGUCUGCGCAAAAAUGUCCCUGAUAGGAAUAUGCGUCUCUGUCACCUCUCAUAUCGGCAUUUUCUUAAGUGUCCCCCCCCCCCCCUCGUGCAUGUUUUCAAGACUUCCUACAGUAAUUGUGACAUUUAAUCUUGUCACAUGUCUCUUACUGACAUCAUCGCAAUUCACAAAAGCCAUUUGUGGCCGUUUAAAAAAAAUGAAAUAAAAAAAAAACGCUAAUUCAUGCUUUGCCCACAUUCAGAGGUGUCUUCUAAUUUUGCAGGAAACUCUUUAGGCUCGUAUUGGGGCGCCUAAAAUGUUCAUUUUGCUUGUAUUUAUUUUAUUUAAGUGUUGGUCAAGUGUUGUCAACCUAAGUGCAAAUAAGCAAUACAAUCUUUGUUUUUCUGUUGUUACGAAGGGAUGAAUAUGAUUUAACAUUAAUAUCGCAGCAACUGACAAACAUUUCAUAUCAACACAAAAGAUUAGCCAUCAUGUUUUGUGUGUGUGCGUGCGUGUGUAAAAAAAAAAGUGGGGAAAGAAGUAAAGACCGUUUUGUUUUGAUUGCCUCUUAAUUUAAUUUUCUGUCACUAUGCUGCAAUCCAAAGAGAGAAUGUGUAUUGUGAAUAGGAACAUCUAUCGUGUUUUUUUUUAAUUUGUAUCAUCGGAACAGUUAUCUGAUCAGAGAAUAAAGGAAAAUGAAAGGUAAA